CCGGAAGUGAGGUAGAGGACGGAGGACACACCCCUACACACAGGGCUGUGAGAUCUGAAGUGUCUCUGGGAGGAGAUGAGGGGCUCAGGGAUGUGCAGACCUCUCUGCCAGCUGCUGAUCAGCCACCCUCAGUGUGCCAGGCCGGCCAAUCACAGCGGCUGUAGGAGAGGGCUGAUCACUAGGGCGGAGCUCCUGUCCAGCUACGAUGUGCGGAGGGUGGAGAUAACGCCGCCGGAGCAGAGGAAGUUGACCUUUGACACUCACGCUCUGGUGUGUGACCUGGAGACACACGGCUUUGACAAAAGUCAAUCAGAAACUAUUGUGUCUGCACUGGCCUCCCUGACCAAUGCAAGUCUGGACACUGUGUACAGAGAAAUGGUGACACGGGCUCAGCAGGAAAUUACCAUCCAGCAGGUCAUGGCACACUUGGACUCUAUAAGGAAAGACAUGGUGAUUCUGGAGAAAAGCGAAUUUGCCACCCUCCGGGCAGAAAAUGAGAAAAUGAAGAUUGAACUGGAGCACGUCAAGCAGCAACUCUCGAAUGAAACCAACCAGAUCCGGGCCGACACCAAACUGGACAUAAACCUGGAGCGCAGUCGUCUGACCGACUUGUUCACAGAUCAAGAGAAGAAGCUGAUGGAAGCCAGCACAGAGUUCCAUAAAAAGAGUGCGACUACCGAUGGUGUCAUCACAGAGAUCCACAAGAAGAUCGAUAUAGACAUCGCUUCUCUAAAAACCCUCAUGGAGUCCCAUAAACUGGACACCAUCCGUUAUUUAGCCGGCUCUGUAUUUGCUUGCCUUGCCAUAGCCCUUGGAUUCUACCGACUGUGGAAAUAGUAGAGCAGACCGCGUCUAAGGGAACCUGUCACUUCGCAGCAGACAUAUUACUGAUAGGGGGAAGGGUAAGGAACGCCUUAUCGCGAAACUGCAGUUAUAACCGUUGCCUAAAGAAGAACUGCAGUCUGCUCACAUAAUUUGUAAUAAAAACAUCUUUGCCAUUCUGAA